AUGCCGGAGAACAACGGUCCACUGGGACAGGUAUCCGGCCGCAACAAUGGCAAGAGUAUGAAGCAGAACUGCCCGGCAAAAGUCGUGGUGGCGGCAAGGCGUGCCACCCAGGAACUGGAAAUAACAAAACUUGACACCGAACAUAAUCAUGAGAUCAGCAACACCAUUUUCAAGAGCUAUCCCGAGUGCCGCCGCCUCACGGACGAGGAAAAGGAAUUUGUUCUGCCUCUGAUGGAGCUCAACGUGGCCUCCAGCAUUCGAGCAUGCAAAUUAAACGAAAGAACAGGGAAUGUGGUCAUACCAAAGGACCUCCACAACCUCAAACAGAGUGUGCAAGGCACGAAUGAAGCUGAGCAACUCAUGAAAGAAAUUGAGCACAUCCGGAGAAAUAUAACAGCAAAGAUUGUUCCAGUUACAGAUGAAAAUAAGCAACUACAAAUUAUAAUUCUGUUUCUACGGACCGCACACAUGCAACUGGCACUGCAGUCAUUCCCUGAAGUUCUUCUGCUGGACGCCACAUACCGAACAAACAAACUGAAAAUGCCGUUAUUUGUGUUCAUCGUGCAGGACGGAUGUGGAACCAGUCCAGUUGUUGGCUACGCAUUUGUUGCAUCAGAACAGUACAACACAGUAUCCAAGCUUCGGGAAAUUUUUGUGCAAGAAAAUCCUGCCGUUCAACAUACAAAAGUUGUUGUGGUCGACAAAGACUUUACGGCAAUAAGUGCAGUGCGAAACGUCUUUCCCAGUAUGCCAGCAAUCCAGCUCUGCCAAUUUCAUGUCGUCAAAGCAUUUCGAGUAGCAGCUAGUCAGCAUGCGAAAUUUGUGGAGGAACGUGAAAUAAUAAUGGGGAGCUUCACUGAAAUGUUGCAUGCUCCCACUUCGCAGAAGUACCAAGAGGCAAAGCGGGAGUUUGAGAGAUAUGCAAAUAAAGACGCUGUGGAGUACUUUAACAAGAAUUGGGACAGUAUCACGGAGAUGUGGGUGCGGUAG